CGUUGCCGGAGUGACGGCGGGAGAGCUGGCAGUCCGGAGGAGAGAGAGCGCAACCCUGUAGCUGAGAUUUCUGCCGUGAGAAUUGCUAGUAACAAUUCACUAUGGGGGAUAUCCUGGCCCAUGAAUCUGAAUUACUUGGACUGGUGAAAGAGUAUUUAGAUUUUGCUGAAUUUGAGGACACCUUGAAGACAUUUUCAAAAGAAUGCAAAGUAAAAGGGAAGCCAUUAUCUAAAACUGUAGGUGGAUCACUAAAGAAGGACUCCAAGUCACUGGUAAUCCAGAAGGAUCUGGUGGCAGCGUUUGACAAUGGAGACCAGAAGUUAUUCUUCGAUUUGUGGGAGGGACAUGUUCCCAGCUCCAUCAGAGAUACUGACUCUCUGGCCCAGAAGCUGGAGUUCUACCUUCACAUCCAUUUCGCCAUCUAUCCUCUGAAGUAUUCUGGAGGCAGGCCGGACAAGCAGGAGCUAGAUGAGAAGAUUUCAUAUUUCAAAACCUACCUGGAAACCAAAGGGGCCGCCUUGAGCCAGACUACGGAGUUUCUUCCAUUCUAUGCCCUCCCUUUUGUGCCUAAUCCUAUGGUCCACCCCUCAUUCAAAGAACUCUUCCAGGAUUCUUGGACUCCAGAAUUGAAGCUGAAGCUGGAAAAGUUUUUAGCUUUAAUUUUUAAAGCCAGUAACACGCCAAAACUUUUAACCAUCUAUAAGGAGAAUGGACAGAAUAGCAAAGAAAUGCUGCAGCAGCUCCAUCAGCAGCUGGUGGAGGCCGAGCGCCGGGCCAUGACCUACCUCAAGCGGUACAAUAAGAUCCAGGCCGACUACCACAACCUCAUUGGAGUCACAGCCGAGCUGGUGGAUUCUCUAGAGGCCACAGUCAGUGGCAAGAUGAUCACUCCCGAAUACUUGCAGAGCGUCUGUGUCCGCCUCUUCAGUAACCAGAUGCGGCAAAGCCUGGCACACAGUGUGGACUUCACAAGGCCUGGGACGGCCUCAACCAUGUUGCGAGCCUCCUUGGUUCCUGAGAAGUUGAAGGAUGUCCCAUUACUGCCCUCCCUGGAUUAUGAGAAACUGAAGAAGGAUUUGAUUUGGGGCAGUGACCGCUUGAAAGCCUUCUUGUUGCAGGCUCUGCGCUGGCGCUUGACCACGUCCCAUCCUGGAGAGCAGAGGGAGACGGUCCUGCAAGCCUAUAUCAGCAAUGACCUCUUGGAUUGUCACAGCCACAACCAGAGGAGCGUGCUGCAGCUACUGCAUUCCAAGAGCGAAGCUGUGCGGCAGUACAUGGCCAGGCUCAUCAACGCCCUGGCAUCCCUGGCUGAAGGUCGACUCUACCUAGCCCAGAACACAAAGGUGCUGCGCAUGCUGGAGGGAAGACUGAAGGAAGAAGACAAGGAUGUCAUCACUCGUGAGAAUGUCCUUGGGGCCUUGCAGAAGUUCAGCCUCAGGCGCCCGCUACAGACGGCAAUGAUCAGAGAUGGCCUCAUCUUCUGGCUGAUCGACCUUCUGAAGGACCCCGACUGCCUGUCUGACUACACUCUGGAAUACUCUGUGGCGUUGCUCAUGAACCUCUGCCUCCGCAGUGCAGGAAAGAGCAUGUGUGCUAAAGUGGCAGGGCUCGUGCUGAAAGUCCUUUCAGAUCUCCUUGGCCAUGAAAACCAUGAGAUACAGCCGUAUGUGAACGGAGCCCUGUACAGCAUUCUUUCUAUCCCAUCCAUUCGUGAGGAGGCCAGAGCCAUGGGAAUGGAGGAUAUCCUGCGAUGCUUCAUCAAAGAGGGCAAUGCUGAAAUGAUCCGCCAGAUAGAGUUCAUCAUCAAGCAGCUGAAUGCCGAAGAUUUACUGGAUGGUGUUCUUGAAUCCGAUGAUGAUGAAGAUGAAGAUGAUGAAGAGGAUCAUGACAUCAUGGAAGCUGACCUAGACAAAGAUGAACUGAUCCAGCCCCAGCUUGGAGAACUCUCAGGCGAGAAGCUUCUAACCACAGAGUACCUGGGCAUCAUGACCAACACUGGGAAGGCACGGCGGAAAGGCCUGGCCAGCGUGCAGUGGAGUGGGGAUGAGCCCCUGCAACGGCCCGUCACUCCUGGCGGCCACAGGACGGGGUGCCCAGUGUAAGUUCAGGAUACAGGAAACGGGAGUCUAUUUUCUUACGCUCUGCUUUGGUUAACUGCUGUGUAAUAUAUAUUAAA